AUGGGUCUUUUUGGAAAAUCUCCUGAAAGAAAUCCUAAAGAAAUGGUAAACGAGUGGUCACAUAAGAUACGCAAAGAAGGAUAUAACUUGGAUAGACAAAUUAGAAGUAUACAAAGAGAAGAGGAUAAGAUUAAAAGAUCUCUAAAGGAAGCUGCAGCCAAGAAUGAUAAACAAGUGUGCACAAUACUGGCUAAAGAGAUCAUUAGAUCUCGGAAGGCUAUCAGUAAAAUAUAUACAACUAAAGCACAUCUCAAUUCUGUGCAGAUGCAGAUGAAGAAUCAAUUAGCCACAUUAAGAGUUGCUGGGUCAUUGCAGAGGUCAACUGAGGUAAUGCAAGCGAUGCAAGCACUGAUCCGUCUUCCAGAGGUAGCAGCCACCAUGCAGGAGAUGAGUAAAGAGAUGAUGAAGGCUGGCAUCAUCGAGGAGAUGCUGGACGAGACCAUGUCAGGCAUGGAGGAUGAGGAGGAAAUGGAGGAGGCGGCGCAGAGUGAAGUUGAUAAGGUAUUAUGGGAGCUAACACAAGGCAAGUUGGGCGAGGCGCCGGCGCCCCCCACGGCCGUGGGCGCACCGUCCACCAGCAAGGAGGAGGACGUCGUGCCAGAGACCACUGAGAGUGAACUCGAUGAGAUGGCGUCACGAUUAGAGGCACUUAGAUCUUAA